AUGAACGAAGAUGGAAUCACAAGAACGCAGUUUAUCCCGCAUUCAGCACCGAUUUCUGCACUCAAAUUUGGAAAUGACGCUAGUAAAUGUCUGCUGGCGACAUGUGGCGAGGACAGGAAGUUGAAGAUCUGGGAUGUCUCAAGGGCGGGCCAAACAGCGGCACAUUCCUUUGAUCUGGUCUCGACUGGCUCCGGGCUCAAUUUCAACUCAGAAGACUCGAAGCCGGACACAGAGCAGAGGUGA